AAUUUAAAAUAAGAUUCAUAUUAUAUAAUGGUGAGAGUGGAGCAGGUUGUCUGGCCAUUGUAUUGUUGACAUAAAGCUGAUAAGUCAGCCUCUAAAACAUCCUGAACAGCAGGUAAUGUGGUGAGAGACAAGAUCAAGCUACAGCCUCCAGCAAAGCCAUGGACUCUAGUGUGCCCCUCGUCCUUAUGCUGCUCAUGUGCAGUUCAAUCAUAGUCGAAGCCCAACUGAAGGUGUAUGAUCUGCGAGCCAGCAAUCUUCCCACCGUUAUCCUGUUAACCACAGAUGCCUAUGUCACGGUGUCCUCUGGUUCUACUUCUCUGGGUAAAACAUCUGUUCGCUACAAUGACCCGAACCCCUGGUGGGAAGAGGAAUUCUCCUACUUCUAUGCUGAGGAAAAUGACAUGCUGACUCUCGAGGUUUGGGACUUGGACUUGCUCUUUGAUGAUCAGCUGGGAGUCUGCCAAAGGCAGCUCAAGGUGGGAACCUAUCAGCAUGACUGCUUCCUGACCAAAGGCGGGACUCUCCAUUACACUUAUACUCUUGGUUGAAACAAUCAGUAGGCAUGCAGAGAUUUGUAUGACGUCUGAUGUCCAUAGGCAGCCUUCAUUUACCACAGCU